GGUGGUGGAGGGGGGCUCCGAGUGCGUUAUAUGGCAGGCAAGAGACUAAAGAUGAUUAUGUGUGUGUCUGUGUGAGAGAGAAAGAGAGAGAGAGAGAGAGGCAGGUGGAAAGGGGGAGGGGUCUGGGGUGGUCCAGACAGUCGGUCCUUGUGUACCUCACACACUCUCAGCCUCUGCGCAUCAUUUAAGGGGAAGCCCGGCUGUCGCUUUCCCUGGUCAGUCUCAUCGCUUGGCUGCCCGGUAAUAACACAGCCGCUUCAGCGUUCACUUUGCCACUUUUACUCCUUUCGUGUCCAACCGUUUAACUUGAACCGACUCGCACCACCGUUAUAUGGAAAACACGGGUCUGUCCGGCGCAUUUAUUCUCCCUUACCCGAGAAGAAGCGCACGGUGGAAAACGUUUUAAGGACUGAAGGAAAGCAGCCGUGAUUCGUAGACGUACAGCGCAUCAUGAGAAUACUACAACUACCAACAAGGUACAACGGGAACAAGGAGGACCUGGCAUGGACCGCUGUGUCUAAAUGAAGUGGUUCAGCCAUGCAAUGUUCCUGGAAGGCAGUGAUUCUGCUGGCCUUGGCCUCCAUUGCCAUCCAGUACACGGCCAUCCGGACACUCACCUCCAAGCCUUUCCAGCUGUGCCCAUUGCCCAGCCCCCAGAACUGUGGUCUGGGGGGCCAAGAGACAGAACCUCCCUUUGAGCGGGGAGCAGCAGGCGGCGGAGGCUGCGAUGACUACCCUUACUUUUCCAUCAAUGCCACACGCAAAACGCAUAUCCUGGUCCUGGCCACCACCCGUAGUGGUUCUUCCUUUGUUGGCCAGCUGCUCAACCAGCACCAGGAGGUAUUCUACUUGUUUGAGCCUCUUUAUCAUGUUCAGACCACACUGAUUCCACGUCUGUCACACAGCCGCAAUGCUGCAGACCGGCGUGUGAUGCUGGGGGCCAGUCGAGACCUCCUGCGCAGCCUGUACGGUUGCGACCUGUAUUUCCUGGAGAGCUAUAUCAAACCGACACCCACAAACCACACCACAGAUAAACUGUUCCGUCGUGGUGCCAGCCGAGCAUUGUGCCAGCAGCCUGUGUGUGAUGCCUUCGGUCCUACUGAUGUAAAUGUGGAGGAAGGGGACUGUGUUAAGAAAUGUGCGGCUUUAAACAUGACCUUAGCCACCGAGGCAUGCCGUGAGAAGCGGCACGUGGCAAUCAAAAUUGUUCGCGUGCCAGAGAUUGGAGAUCUACGCGCAUUGGUUGAAGACCCACGGCUGAAUAUUAAAGUGAUUCAACUCGUCAGAGACCCGCGUGGUAUCCUGUCAUCACGGAUUGAGACAUUCAGGGAUACGUAUCGUCUGUGGCGUAUUUGGAGAGCCACAGGCAGAAGGCCCUAUAAUCUAGACUUGAGUCAGCUUACAGUUGUCUGUGAAGACUUUCUCAGUUCUGUUUCAACUGGUCUCAGCCAUCCCUAUUGGCUUAAAGGGAAAUACAUGUUGGUUCGCUAUGAGGAUUUGGCUAGAAAUCCGCUUCUCAAGACAAAGGAGAUCUAUGACUAUCUGGGGCUGCCUAUGGAUAAAAACGUGGAAGACUGGAUACAUGCAAACACUCGGGGCAGCAAUGAGACCUCAGCAAAACACAAGUUUGGUACAGUGAGGGAUUCAGCAGCUAAUGCAGAGAGUUGGCGUUUGAAACUGUCUUAUGACAUGGUAGAAUACACACAGACUGUGUGUCAAAAAGUACUUCACCAGCUGGGAUACAAGGCUGUGAAAUCAGUAGAGGAACUGAAAAAUAUGUCCCUCUCACUGGUACAGGACAAAACUUUUUUACCUUUUUUGUAACAAAGAUAGUUCUCUAAUGACUAUUUUUGAUAUAUUUAUAAUUGUUGCCUUAUCAUUUCCUUAGUUUAUUGGUUUUGUUUCUGUAAUUUUGUUUCUUCAAAUUUGCACUAAACUUAAAAGAUUUUGAAUGCACCAAGGGAACUAUGGAUGAUUCCCCAAUGUUACAGAACAGCACACUUAAAACACUCUUAAAAAAGUAAUCGACAAGCUAGUUUACAAAUGUCUCAUUAUUUAGUUUUUCCAUCAAUAGAACCAGGACAAGGCAAAGUCUUCAUUCAUUUCCUGUAUGCAAGCUGUUGUUUCAACAAAAGUAAAAUGUUGCCCUUCAAAAACAUGGGAGUUGGUAAAGCAGACAUGUUUUUUUUAGACCUGUGAUGGCAAAUCUGGACUGUACAAGCCCUACUGUGCAAUAAAUAGUGAAUGUCGCAGUCAACCUUUACCACUAUGGCAUUUCUAUCCAUGUGGGAAGAAGAGAGAUACUUCUGACAGAUGCCACGCUUGCAAAGGAUAAUUGCAGACAAUUAAUAGGCUCUCAAGUUAAAGGGACAGAAUCCCACUGGAGGUCAUGAGUGUAUCACCAGAGGAUUUACAACCAUCUGUGAUAGACAAACAUACACUAAUGAGAGGUAAUGCUGAAAUCUUCAUUACUGUAGGUGUUUAGGGAAUAAAUCAUAUUUUCAAGAUGAUUACAGCAUUAAAAACAUUAUAUAGGCUCUAAUCUGAGUAGACACUGAAGCAUCGGGAUGUACUGUAUUUGUCAGUUUUAUUCACUUUAUUUUCCAAUUUGUAGAAUUCAUUCACUCUAAAUCGUUCACACUGCCUUUUCUGUCUUCAGUUAAAAAUGGUUAUGCUACUGUCAUCCACUGGUAGUACAGCAUUAACUCAUCAGUGAAACGGUAAAAGAUUUCCUCGUUUUUAUGUCAUCUGAUAAGGAAGGCCUGAAAACAGAAAACAUCCCACAACGAAAAUAGCGCGUGCAUUCUCUCCCAAGUGAAAUAACGCAGCUCUUUUGACAGUUCAUGUUGGAUCUAUGUUUAUCUUCCACAUGAAAGAUUUAUAACUUAGGAAGAUAUAUCUUUGUAGAACAGGUUGCACUGCAGAUUCCCAUUUUUCCAGGAUGUGUGGAGAGCUUAUACUGUACAACACAACCACAUUUACAAAGUGUAUAUCUACACUGAUCACAUACACAGAGUAUUAAAGUAAUGACUGCACAUAAUCUGGAACAAACCCUCUCAUCAUUAUAGUUGUAGUUGGGAUGCUGUUUUAACCUGGCAAUGUUAAAGGGUACUAGGUCUGUUGUCCUUCUCCCUAAUACAAUGCUGAACACAGUUACCAGAGUAUUGAACAAAAUGUUAUUUCUUUCACUUAUUUCUGAAUAGACUUUUGGUUUUCUAACCAAAUUCACGUAAUAUUUCCGGACUCAAUAUAGCACAAAUAAAACUGAAAUAACUGUCAGAAUUAUUGGCUGUAAAAUUAACCACAUCGCAAGCUGUUUGAUAUUGAUAGACACUUGGACCAUUAUUGGUGCAAAAAGAAAUGGGGAUUUGAGACCCCCAGCUGGUGCAAACGAGCACAAAGUAGCAUUCCAAUAAACAUUCCCAUAGUUGGUUUUUAUAUGUGAUGGCAUAUUUAGCAGCGUAUGCAGUGGCUACUUUGGCAUAUUGUCUUCCCAGUUAGUGUGCAGAAUACGGUGAUCAUUUCAUGCUGUGUCCUGUAUUUCUAAAUCUCUCUCUGUUACUGUAGCAACUUAAAUUGUGUGUCGGUCUGCAUUAUGUUGUACCGACACUGUCAAUGAUGUGUGCACAAAACACAGCUGCAGCAGUAAAAUGCAGAGUAAACAUCUUUUAAAGUGAUAUUGAUAAACAAGCGGAAUUUAAUAAGAUGAGCUUGUUGCAUUUAAGACUUGACUCAUACGGCACAAACAAAAACAAGGCAGGCAUUUAGGGGCAGAAUUAAUUGUUUUUACUACUUUAUUACAAACAAUAAUAAUUACAAACAAAUGAUUAUCCUUUACGAAAUGAUUAAAUACAAAACAAAAACAUAUCGUCUAUCAUAUCAAGAGACUGUAGAGGUUUUAAAUUUCAUUCUGUGAUUGACUAACAACACUGUAGAUCUGAUAAAAGUACAGGCACACUCUAUGUAGAGAUCAUAGUAGUGUCAGUCCUCAACACUGAUAAAAAUGUCAAUAUUUUUCUUUUUUUUCUUUACUUUCUGGGUUUUGUCAGCUUAGCCUUUUAUGAACCUUACUUUGAAUUUUGAUUUCCAUGUCACCUAACUGUACAGUCGAAUAACAUCAGGCAGAGACGUCCAUUGAUUUCCAUGCAGUGACCACUUGUUUACCCAUAAGAUAUAAACCCUGUGAAUGGAGCAUCACACGCCGUGGUUCAUCAGUAUUGGUGACUGGAUGUCCAUUGAGAUGCAGAGCACAAACCUUUGAUCCUCCUCUGUGCCGAGGCUGGAGGCAAACUCUCUCUCUCCUCUCUCUCUCUCUCUCUCUCUCUCGCUACCUCUCCCUCUCCCUCUCCCUCCGCUUGUGCUUUCUCCAUCAUCCACCUCUCUCUUUUUUACAGAGAUCUCAGGGGAUUGUUCCUUUGCUUCAGUGCUCAGUCUCUGUUUUUCACUUUACCUCUGAAUCUUCUGGAUGUGCUUGGCAUACUUUUAAUUUUAAAACUUAAAUCUGCUGCGAAGCUGGGCUUGUGCAUAUGCAUAUGAUUUCUUUUAGCAAUUACAGGAAUAGUUUGACAUUUUGGGAAAUACACUUAUUUGUUUUGUGUCUGAGAGUUAGAUGAGAAGAUUGAUACCACUCUUGUGUCUGUACAUUAAAUACGAAGCAGCAACUUGCAGCUGGUUAGCUUAGCUCAGCACAAAGACUGGGAAUGGGGGAAAUGGCUCUCCCGACUCUUUCUGACUGUAAUAAAAUCCAGCACCUCAAAAGCCCACCAAUCAACAUGUUGCAUGCCAUCUGUAUAGUCAUUGCAGAAACUGAGGUGGAAAAAUAUAUGGGGAAAAAAAAGCCCUUUUUCCCAGGGGGUGAGGGGGUUGCCAGGCUAUUCUGUCUGCUAGAAGCUAAAAAAGUAUAUUUCCUAAAAUGUCAAACUAUUCCUUAAACAGACAUGAUCAGAGGACAUGCUGCUGUAUGACAGUCAGGCUUUAACCUUAACAUAGCGCUAAUAAAUCUCUUUAUGUGCUUUAAUGGAUUCAUGAAUGCAUCAGAAAUGCUAGUCUCUGAAAACUACAGUUGGAUUGUGUCUUUGCUGAGUCAUUUAUAUCUCAUUUACUUUUUGUUACAUAAUGAGAACUAACAUUAUUGGACAGUUCAUCAAUAGUCCUGCAGUUGAGCGAUAUUCUAGCUGAACAUGCACACUUCUGAAAUGAAGCUCUCAAUUAAACUCAACACGGCUCCUUGCUCCCAAUGUUGGGCUGUGACAGUUCGCUAGUAAUGGCACACUUCCUCCCCAUGCCUGACCCCCGUGCACUGUUUGCAGCCUGCUUCCCAUGUGUCGGUGCGUCGGUGCGUCUCUGGGCUCUUGCUGAGCCCCUUGUGUUGUUUAUUGUGUCCCAGGGCUGAACAUAUGGUUCACAAGCCCCUGGAAGAAAGCACAGCAAAUCCCUCUCCCGCCAUGUCUCCCUCUCUCUUUUUAUUCUUAUCCCCUCAUAAUGUGACCUUAAUAAUCUGACCCUGUGUGACUGCAUGACAGAGCAGAAAUAUAUUUGCUUCUUUUUGCCCACUGUUUACUGAGCUGAACUGACAGAACAUGUCCUGGUAGCUAAAACUACUUGUUAGUGAGCAAAGACUGCUCAAAGAGAUUAUUCUUGAAGAGUGUGCAGCAGCCUACUAAAGUGAUCAUUCUAACAAAAGGAAGUCCGAGAUGAAAAUCUGCCGUUAGAACUUCACGUCAUGCUAUUGUCUUUUUGUGAGUCGAUCUGUGCAUAACUGUUUCUGUUCUGCUGCUUAGUGGGAUAUAGUCUAGUUACAGUGUGAAAAGCUCACUGAACUGAACAAAUCCUGUGAAUUAUGGCAAUUAAACAUGCGAGUGUCAGUGCUGCUGAGGUGAACAGUGGAUAAGUUAUGCAAGCAUUUCCACAUCCUCUCACCACGUCACCUUUUGUGGAUGAUUUCUGAUGGGUCAUGAGGCUGCAUCCGAGCAGCCCGGAUGAUUCAGCCAGUUGGCGCGCAGGUGACCUCUGACGUUCUUUCCAGGGCAGAGCUGUGAAUGAGAGCCGAGGAGUGCAAUCACAACUAUUCAUGUGAAAAUCAUGAGAUUGUUUUGUUCGACUUCUCUGCACAGGUUGCCCAAGUUGUUAUUUGAUUGCUGGUAAAAUGGCAGUAUGGGGGUGGGGUGGAGUGGGUGGGAUGGGCGAGCCAGGCUUUGCCAGAAGCGAUAUGAGCAGCUUAAUUGAAGCUGUCAGCAGGAUCAGCAUCAGAGAGGCGUAGCAACCAGGUCUUUAUAUAGUUAGAGGUCCAGCGCACCAUGAUAGGUUUAAUGGGCAGAGCAGCUUUGAAAUGAAAUUUUAAAAACUGAAAUAGUCUCUGUAGUAUGCAAACUGGAACAGUUAUCCCUCUGGGUGAUAAAAAUUUUGUUGUUGGAUUGAAAUCAAAUCCCAACUUUACAGUAAGUCAUAUUUGUAGAUUACUUCAUUUUAUCACACAAGUUUAGUUGGCAUCUGUCAUUGCGUACAUUUAAUAUUGCAUGAAGCAUGCACCUGAAACAUUUCUAAGCUUGAAAUGAAUAUGAAACAUCUCAAAUUGUAACAUGAUCAUUGAAUAAAUUACCUUUCAUAUGAACCUCUUUUUCACCCUCAACAUCACAUCUAUUAAGCAUUAAAUAUUGCAGCGUGUAUGAACUUAUUUUUAAAUCAAAAAAGGAAAAAAACUGGUAAUAGCAGUCUGUCCCUUAAAUGCUAGGAGCUACAGCUGCGUCUGGCAGGCAUAGGUUACUCUCUCUUACUCUCACAACCACACAUACACACACAUGCACACUGAGGAGCCAUUGAUGGUUAUUUCCCCCGUGGAAAUGUGGGUAUAGGUGAGUGAGAGGGUGUGUGUGUGUGAGUGUGUGUAUGUGUGCGCAGCGUUGGUCGGGCCGGUCAGUGCAGCUUACGUCACUGUGGUCAGCUGUGGCUCUCUCGCUUUGCUGCUGAUGCUCAAAUUCUCCCUUCGGCUGGCCUGAAAAGCUGAAAUGAGAUUAGCACACACGCACACAAGCAAACAAAUAUGAGCAGUCAUGAGCUAAAAAUGAAGUUCUCAGUGCUCUGGGAACAGAGGAAACAUGGAAAUAUCUCAGUUUUGACACACUGUGUGAGAUUUUUGCUUAACAGAUAUAAGACUUGCAAAUACAGGCUCUGGACACCAAGUGCAAUUUUACCAGCACAACAUGACAGAGGCUAAACCUGGGUGGCAUGGUAUGUGUAUAUAUCUGACCAGGGACGUAAAUCCUGAUCAAACUCUUGAAUACCAAGCACACAUUUGUUUUCUAAGGCACUGAGGCUGUAAAUCAGAGCUCUAAGGGUGCAGUGGUGGAGUGGUGAAUGAAGGCAGAGAUGCAGGUCUGAAAAAUAUGAUUUCAUGCAAAGUCUUAGUUAUGUAAUGGAAGCCUAUCUUUUUUUAACAUACUGCAUUUUUUUUUCUCAUUUACAUAUGGGAAAAGAGCAAGAGAGUAUUUCUCACAAAUUCUAGCUGAGAUAAGAAAUCAUUUUGAGGGUUGAUCUGCCAAACUCCUGCAGUCUAACAUAUAGAUUUUAGCCUUGUUCUUUGUGACUCAACAUUUUUGCCAGGCAUCAGUUUCUCUCAAAGGGGAGACGUCCCCUGACAUGUCUAGAAUUCUGACCAGCAACAUAAUGUUCUUUUGUGUCAGUGCUGGCAAAACAGGCUGGCAUAAAUAGUGUCCACUUUGUGUGUUUGAUUUCCAUUCAAUAUCCACUAUACACAGGGCUUCAUUUUAUUUAGACUGAUAUUUUACUGAACAUAUCAGUGAACCUCUUGGGCCUUGAGGCUUUUCCAAAUUACAACACUUGAUAUAAAAAAAACUAAUUAUAACUGGCUUCAUCAACCAGCAAUGCCAUGAAGCAAGUUCAUAUGAUUUGCUAAUAGGCAGCAUUUUAAAAAGAGGGUUUAUUUGGGCCUGUGUGAAUGGGCGAAUGUCAGCUUUAGUGUAAAGUGAUACACUAAAGCUGAUAUGAGUAGAAAAGCAUGUGCAGUCCAUUUACCAUUUUUUAAAAUAUAUUUGUAGAAGCCAUCUUCCUCAAGCCAAGGUCUCUGCCAAGUGAAAUGGUGUAAAAGAUAAAUAUUUCUGGACAGAUGACACCAUUUUGUGGAAAAUGGUAUUAUGUUUUCUUCCCACAACCAGAGUUUACAUACUCCAGGGAGCUCCUAAACACACUUUCCUGUCCAUUAAUUUUAGUACCCCUCAUUAAUUUGCUCUCAGAGUGAAAAUCUACAGCAUAGCUGAAAUGUCUGUUAAAGAGCUAGAGGGAAAUCAAGGAGCUCACAGUGGUUGUUAUUACAUGAACGCCUUGGUAAGAUUAUCUGUUAAAACCCCAACAAAGUAGUCAUUCUCAUGGUUUACUAGAUUCCCUGAAGUGCCACUGGUUAGGGAUAAGAUAUGGUGUGAAAUCACAGCAACAGUUACAGCAAGUCUUAUUCUUAUGUACUGAUGCUUCUCUGUCCAUCGUUUUCAUUUACUUUUAAUUAUAGAUUUUUGUGAAUAUCAGAAGUGUAUCAGAAAUUGACAAGUCCUGAAACCUAAGUGACAAAAUAAAUUGCCAGUGCAAUCGAGUUUGUCCACCAUUGCAAGUUUUGAUAAAUAUACUAACUAAAUAAUUGCUAAGAUAUGGGAAAAUGAAGGAAUGGCUACAUGUAAGUCCAACAGGCUGUCAGAUAAUCAGACAGUUAGAGUAAACCAUAGUUUGGCUAACAUGGGCGUUUGAAUGAAAAAGCCUGUCAGAUUUUUUUUUUUUUUUUGUCCCAUCACAUUUCUUUUUGCAAUGUCAGGGUGUUCCUGUAUGUCAGCAAUUCGUCUGAAUAUCAUUUUUUUUUCUUUUACUGCUAUUAAAAAUGAUGAGCAGAAUUUCUCUUUACAUAUACCCUUAUCUAAGACAAAUGUGGACCUUUGAUUAUUGCUCAUCAAAAAAACCCUUGGGUUUCAAAAUCCUAAUUUAAUGAUUACUUCAAGAACAUCUGCCCACAGAGGUACAGCUAUGAAUCAGAUAACCACACUAUGAGAAUAUAACAUAUAGCUGAAGAAUUGUUUUAUGAUGGGAUUAUUCAAGCUAGAAAACAUCCUCUACUUUAAUAACACUACCAGUGGCUAGCACUGUUGACACCUGGUAGAGAAGAUCCCUGCAUUCAUGUUAUUUCCACUUCAUUUGCAACCAGCUUCGAUCAGAAGGGAGGCAUUUUUUCCACUCUUCGGUUAUCCAAUUUUGAUGAUCAUAAAGCUGCUGUCACAUUAUCUUGUUUUUAGCUCCCACUCACCCUCAAAAGCAGCAUGCUCUUUGACACAGUGCUUUUAGACGAUUAUAUGAUGACACACAACAUUUCCAGAUCCAAUCUGCCACUAAAGCACCCCCAAGAGGAGAUUGGUGCCCUUGUGCAGUAGGUACAGAUCUAUGAAUGUAUGCCACUUUAAGUGAACCAAAGGGAGCAGAUGAUGUUAAAACUUGAGACGAAGUAAAGCAUCUGCUUAACAUAUGUUUCUCUAGUCCUGGGAGAACUGGAGGGCAAUGUAGGAAAUGGUAAGGAUCAUAUUAGACAGAGAGUCAAAGAGAGAAUUCCUUAUGGUAUAUGAACUAUUGUACUGAAUGACAUUUCUAAUAUGUAUAGCUUUUGAAUUAUGCAACAGUCUAACCAACAUACGGACCAAACUGGUCAGUAAGCUUUUAGAUAGCAUCCUCAUGUUCGGUGAAACCAUCAGUGUAGCACCAUGUACCUUUAACCCAGUCUGAGCUGCAGGAACAACAUCCUUUUUGUCACUAGAGACUCACUGAGCUGCCUGACUGACAUUUCUAACUGCAGCUCUGCUCCUGGUUUUGCAGAGCCUGCCUUGACGUGACUCCAAAUAUUAUCAGUUAUUUAUCAGCUGUUCCUGUGCUCUGAGUGAGGAAACCAGGUAAUAUAAAUGAAUUCAAAUUUCCAGUCACUCUCCAGCAAAGUUAAUAGUUGGAUAUCAAUAAAAUUUGGGGGUUCGUGUUUUGGUGCUGCCCUGUCAUCUAGAAGCAUCAACUAAAAGGCUUAGUGAACUUUUGCACAGUAAAUAACAAAGUCUGUUUCUGGGCACAACAGUCUUGUCUAAAUGAUGAAUUGAUGUGGUGAACUUGUCAGCAAGCACUCUGUUUACCUGCUUACUCAUCCAGCAGAUAAGGAGCAUCAUUACCAUUCAUUUAGAGUCAUCUCUGUGCCCACCUGAUAAAUGAAACUCCAAUAUUCACUCUCCUUUUAGCCCUGUUUCUCCAUUAACCCCUUAGGGAAAUAGGGAAAUAUCAGGCUCUUAAGCCACUGACUACUACACUGUGUGCAACAGCUAGUCAUUAACUUUGCCUGUCUGCUGAUUGGUGGUGGGCAGGUAUUGUUUUUUUAGAGCUGACGACCACCUCGUGUCACAGUGUUGUCAUGUUCGAUUUGUUUAGUUUGAACAGAGCCUAACCCUAACCCAUGACCAAAUUGGAGUUAAAUAACACGCAAAAAGCUGAGAUGUGAAAUGUCCUUGAAAGUAGCAUGAUAUAUAUAUAUGCUAUCCCCUGAUAACAUGUAGAGAAGAGACACUUUUCAAAUACAAGUAGGCAUAUGAUCCAUUGUUAAUAUCAUAAUUAUGUUUAUGGCAGCUUUAAGUCUAAUAAAAUAUUCAUCAGCUUGGUGUAUAAUCAUAUUUCCUGCUUUGGCCUUUGUCAAUCACCCGUAUUCUUAUAUAUUAAAGUGUCCUUUUUUUUUCUUCCUUCUUUCCAUUAUUUAAUCCUGAGAAUACACCUCCCCUUCCCCUCCCUGUCCUGGAUAUCUUGUUAGAGUGGAGCUGUGACUCAACCCUGACUGGGUAGCAAAACAGAGGUGUCGAGUCCUUGAAAUGCAAGGAUUGUGUAUGCCUGCUGGCGGUGUGUGCAGGAGCUAUAUGCACAACUGUAGCACUGUGUAGUAACACUAUACAGUACAUAUACUGUGAUGUAGCAUACAUUUGGGUUCAUGCACAUUCUCUCUCUCAUACACACACACACACACACACACACAUGGCUUGAGGCAGACUGUGUCAGACUCGCUUUUGGAGUUAAACUUUGAUGAUUUCUUAUGAAAUAUGUGCAGGAUGUGUAGGAUUGAUUUUUUUCAAUCCCUGCUUUGACAUUCUGUAUAUUUUAAAAUGUGCCUAACUGCUGUCCAACAUGUCUCAAUAACUGUAUAAUUACACAAAAGCCAGCUUUAGUACAUUCUAAGUUAAAUGUUUAAUGUCUGUGUCAGAAUUUGUCAGAGAGGAAAAUAAUAUUGUUCCCGUGUAUAAAGAGAAUUGCCCUGUACUUCUAAAUUAUUGAGUUGUGCAGUCACUCAUAACUUACACAUAAUGGGGAUCUUACACAAGAAAAUCCAGAGCACUUUUUUUCAUGCCAUGCCCCGUAAAAUGGCGAGAAUUAGUCUGCUCUGCAGUUACUGUUCACAUACUCAAAUGUCACAGGGCAGCAGAUGAAUUAAGGUUGAAUUUCAGUGAUAUUCUGCCUUAAUACCCCAGCCACAGAUGCCGUCCUCCUGACUUUCUCAUUCUCAGAUCAAUUUGUCGUGGUUGCUUUAUUGGCAAACACAGAGACGGAUUUGGCAGGGAAAGCCUGUUACAUACAUACCACGUGUCAAACCUCCCUUUUUGGCAGUUUUCAGGUCAUUCCUGACAGCAACAGCUGUAGAGGCUGAUAUAUUUAGAAACUUGAGACAAGAGGAAAAGGAAGCUCCUCUACUGAUGUUGGUAGCACUGAAAAGUGAAAACAGAAAAGGGAAAAAUUAAACAUGCCCGCUAGCCAGAUUUGGAUAGAGGAAACAUAGGGAAAACCGUGAUGAUGAUGAUCAGCCUUGUGGUUAAACACUGUGGGCUUUCAACAUUCCUAAACCAUUAAUUUCUUAUAAUAUCCUGAACUGUAAACUGCAGAUUCAUGACUAAUCCAGCUAAAUAUAAU